CGUCGAGGCGGGGGAGGGGACGCCGCCUUCCUCCUCUUCCCUCAGAGCUGCUGACAAGUGUUUGAAGAAAAAAAAACAUGGAUGCCCACAAAUAUAGUUAUUCGAGGGAAUUUUAUGAUCGGUAUGCCCAAGGCCAAGAGAAGUCUGUGGUCAACAAAAUGCAGCAGAAAUACUGGAAAACAAAACAAACUCUUAUCAAAGUCACAGGAAAGAAGGAGGACGAACACGUAGUGGCCUCAGAUGCAGAUUUGGAUGCAAAACUGGAGUUGUUCCAUUCAAUUCAGAGGACGUGCAUGGAUUUACUUAAAGCAAUUGAACUAUAUCAAAAAAGGAUUUGCUUUCUGUCUCAGGAAGAAAAUGAAUUAGGAAAAUUUCUUCGAUCCCAAGGUUCUCAGGAUAAAACCAGAGCAGGCAACAUGAUGCAAGCUACAGGGAAAGCUCUUUGUUUUUCUUCUCAACAAAGGUUGGCAUUGCGCACACCUUUGUGCAGACUAUACCAAGAAGUGGAGACAUUUAGAUACAGAGCCAUUUCUGAUACAUGGUUGACGGUCAACCGAAUGGAGCAAUGUCGGACUGAAUACCGGGGAGCUCUGUUGUGGAUGAAAGAUGUGUCUCAAGAGCUGGAUCCUGAUCUUUACAAACAGAUGGAGAAAUUUAGGAAGGUCCAAGCACAAGUCCGGCAUGCAAAACUGAACUUUGACAAACUGAAAACUGAUGUCUGUCAGAAAGUGGAUCUUCUUGGAGCAAGCAGAUGCAACCUUCUGUCUCAUGUACUGACAACGUACCAGACAACCCUUCUUCAUUUUUGGGAAAAAACAUCUCAUACCAUGGCAGCUAUCCAUGAAAGUUUCAGGGGUUAUCAGCCAUAUGAAUUCACAAUGUUGAAGAGUUUACAAGAACCUGUAAAUAAACUGAUGGAGAGUGAAGAAAAGGAGGAAGAACUGCAGCUAGAAAACACCAAAUGGGGAGAUGAUCAACAGAGCCAGUUGAUUUCAUUAGAUGAUGAAAGCCUCACCAAGGAAUCAGCCGACUCAGCAGAAGAUAAUAAGGACAUCCUGAGUACUUUGGGGGAGAACUUCAAUCACAGAGAGAAUUCAGGAGCUAUAGAUGACUUAUUAGAUCUGAAACCGGAGGGAAAUGCAUCAAAGGACCCACUUGCAAACUCCUUGGAGCCUGAGGCUGCUGAUAAGGACGAUAUGGUAUUACUGAAUGAGAUUCUCAAUGCUUCUUCUUUGGAUGAUGGUGAAUUCAGCAGGGAAUGGACAGCUGUCUUUGGAGAAGAUCCACUCGCUGACAUAGCCACAAACUCUUCUGUAGGAGAAAUGGAGAGCAAUCAAUCCUCAUCAGGAUUCCUUCCUUCUCAGCUUUUAGACCAAAACAUGAAUGAUUUGCAGUCCUCCCUUCAAGGUUGGGCAGCCAGCAGCAUUCGCCCUCUGCCUGCACCACAGACGACCCAGAAAUCCAGCAGCCUGAAUACGAACGUCAACAAGACGCCUAUGAAAGAAGCUGCAAGUUCCUCUAAAGAUCUAACUGCUUGGUUUAGCCUCUUUGCUGAUCUGGACCCCUUGUCCAAUCCAGAUGCCGUUGGAAAAACAGAUAAAGAACAUGAAUUGCUAAAUGCAUGAGUUGUCUGCCUAUGGUAACUCUCACUUCAUCAUUCAUAAACACCGUUCUUGGGGUUUUAAAUUUUUUAAAACCAGGUCAGUGUGCUGUUGUACAACUUCUCACAUCUGUGCCAUUCUAAUAAAAUCAAGGGAUUGACCCUCCCCUUUCUAUAGGUAACAGUUAUUAGCUCUUGUUUUGUAUAAAGAGUUUGCACCUUCUCUUUUUUUGUAUGUGGAUGUACUGAAUGAAGUGUUGGUUUAGAGGGGGUUGGUAACUAGAUUAGUGUACUUGCUGUAACCUGGGUCUUGACAGAAGGGUGUCACGGCUAAUAGAAGAGUGAAAUAUAAAUGAUAAACCUAUUUUUUAAUUUUUUUCUCUCUGUGUAAAUCAGAAAUCAAAAUCAUGUAAUUCGAGGCUGCAUGAAUCAAUUGUAUAGACAGUAGUGUGUAAUAUACUGCUGCAAUGUUAACAUAACUAAAUUUCUUUUGAUAUUAUCCAUAGUGAUAAAUCUAUACUUUGGGGCUAAUUAUUAGAGGAUUAUAUUGGAGUAUCUGUGAAUCUACUAUACUCAUUCUCUAAUUUUAAAUUAUUAGGCGAACAGCAUUGCAUAAAUCCAAAUCGACUGCCCAGACUACGUCCUUCUAGCGUGUUCUUUUUCGCCAGCAGUUUCUGCUAUUUGAGACCAGGUCGUAUUGACUUUGCCAACAUGUGCAUUUGCAGUAGUCACAGUUUCCAUACAAAGCACUUUUCAUCAUAGCUGGUUUCAUACCCACAUGUUCUUGAGCCUAUUGUGACACUCUUCUUUAAUAAAGAUGGUUUUGACAA